AUGUCUGACAGUCGAUCAUUUUGCGCGGGGGAUCUUAUCUUGACGUGUGAGCCAUGGGUCUGGGGAUUCGACCAGAAAGCCUAUGCGACGCACUGUGCGCACUGUUUUCAGGAAAAGAAGGAACUGGCGAUAUGCUCGGGCUGCCAGCUACACCGCUACUGCAACAAAACGUGCCAAGUUUCUGACUGGAAAACGGAGCACAAAUUCGAGUGUGCCAUGCUGAAAAAGUUAGGCGGUAGAAUGAAAUCGCUAAAUGUGUCCAUCGACUCCAUGAACUUUUCCGGGUCCCGUCCCUUGGAUCUUAUGGCAAAGACUGCAUGCAAAAUAAAGCGUAACGCCACGAUGAAUCUCGGUGAGCUGGGGCCAGUAUCAGCUGUCGACAUUUUGCGCUUGUUUCCCACAUACGAAGCCGUUGCCACCAGUCGAGAGUCAGCAAACCGUAAAGAUCACGGCGUGGAUUGUCCCACUAGCGAUUUUAUCGGAACUAUGAAGUCUUUCUUGGGCCUUUCUUCGUCCGAAUUCUCCGAAUACUACAAUAUAGCCGGCCACAACGCUCUGGCCAUGUUCGACAUACUCGGCACGCAUCAUCCCUUUGGUCACGCGCUGUAUCCUCAAGCACCUUUCCGGGCCAUGACGCCGGCAUGCUGGGAUGUCAAUGUGGUGUUGAAUUUUGUGGGGCGGCGUUUAGUUAUCCAUGCCACUCAGGAUAUUCCCAACUAUACCGGGCUUCACAAUGUAAGUGCCGACCACCGAUACAGUCUUGGAGUCGGUCGAGAAACCUGCUGUACUCUGUAUGUGUAGAUCGGCAUGACAGACCUACAGUGUGGUCUUGUACAGACUCUGCAUAUGCAGUGCUAGGACGUCUUACAAUCAGCUUUGUGUUUAUCAAAGUAUCACGUCCAUGAUAAUAUUAUGAUGAGUACGGAAAUGCAUUUGGAAUUUGG